UGCACCAAGUUGUUGUACUACGGGAACAAAUCGGGCAAUGAAUUACUAGCUAGUAGCUAGAACACCAAAGUAGCUAGAUAGGCAGCUAAUUAUCGAAUAUAAACCAGGGAGGAGAUUCAGGAGUCAACACCAAGAAAGAGCUCUCGAUAAACUAGUGAAAUAAAUGCCUUUACGCUGAAAAAUGGGUGGAGAUGUGUGUAAAUAGAAGCUAGUAACUUAGCAGGCUGUCAACACAAUUUUCAAAGCCAGAUAGGUUUUUUUGUUUGUUGUUGAUAUCAUUAGCUAAUUGGUUGGCAAUAAACAUUAACUAGAAAUUUAUAAAUCGAUUAGCCGUGUCAUCUCGUGUGUUGAUAGCUAGUUAACGAUUUAACUAGCUUGCUAUUAUGACAGUCGAAACAUUGGUAACUAGUUGCGCUUGGAAAUCGAACGAGCAGGCUCUUCAAGAGGAUAGCUUUAGUUAGCCUAAGGUGGCUACGGUCAUUCAAUUAUCCAAAGCUAAUAGUAAACAACAUCUACGCGUUAUUGUGAAUAGGUAUUGAUCUCAAACCACUCGACACUUGGCAAACAUCACCGGGAAAUGAAGAAGUUCUUCGAUUCACGCCGGGAACUUGUGAGUUCCGGGCCUGGUUCUGGAGCGGGUGGAGGAGGCACUGGGUCCGGCAGCAGCGGUGGCAGUUUCAUUGGACGGGUAUUCACCAUUGGACGGUAUCAAGUGACCGUUGAUGAAACUGUUGCUGAAGGAGGCUUUGCCAUUGUGUUCCUGGUGCGGACCCACCAGGGGGUCCGCUGUGCCCUGAAGAGAAUGUACGUCAACAACGAGCACGACCUGCAUAUCUGCAAGCUAGAGAUCCAGAUAAUGAGGGACCUUGUGGGCCACAGGAACAUUGUGGGUUUCCUGGACUCCAGUAUAACUGCAGUGGGAUCAGGAGAUGUCUGGGAGGUCCUCAUCCUCAUGGACUUCUGUCGUGGCGGUCAGGUGGUGAACCUGAUGAACCAGCGUCUGCAAACAGGCUUCACUGAGGCAGAAGUGCUGCAGAUCUUCUGUGACACCUGCGAGGCCGUGGCCCGCCUCCACCAGUGCAAGACGCCAAUCAUCCAUCGAGAUCUCAAGGUGGAGAAUAUCCUGCUCCAUGACCGGGGACACUACGUGCUGUGUGACUUUGGUAGCGCCACCAACCGCUUCCAGGACCCUCAGACAGAGGGCGUUCCACUGGUGGAGGAGGAAAUCAAGAAGUACACUACUCUGUCAUACAGAGCCCCAGAGAUGAUCAACCUUUACAAUGGCAUGGUCAUCACUACAAAGGCAGACAUCUGGGCUAUGGGCUGCCUACUGUAUAAACUGUGCUACUUCACCCUGCCAUUUGGGGAGAGCCAGGUGGCCAUCUGUGACGGCAGCUUCACUAUACCAGACAACUCCCGCUAUUCUCCGGACAUGCACUGCCUCAUCAGAUACAUGCUGGAGCCUGACCCAGAGCUGAGACCAGAUAUCUACCAAGUGUCCCACUUCUCCUUCAGGCUGGCCGGGAUAGAAUGCCCCAUCCGGAACGUACAUAACUCUCCUAUUCCUACAAAACUCCCUGAACCAAUCAGAGCCAGCGACGCUGUGGCCAAAAAGAGUCAAUCCAAAGCCAGGCUCUCAGACCCUGUCCCCACAAUGGAGACGUCCAUCACGCCCCGUUCACGCCCCAAAGCUGGAGGGGCCCAGUCCAUAGGCAUACUGCCCAUCCAGCCGGCCCUCACCCCACGCAAGAGACCCAACAUGGCUGCAGGAGGGGCCCAGCCCAUAGGUGUUUUAGGCACCGCCCAGCCUGCAGUUGCUGUCCAAUUAGUCCAGCAGGCCACACCCCCACUGGCUCAGACCGCCCCUUCGCAGCCCAUGGCCACGCCCCAGCAUCAGCAGGGUCUCUUCAUGAAGCAGCAGGCUGCAGCCUUCUUCAGCCCACAGCAGCAGACCAACCAGCAUCUGGCUCCUGGACGUGGGCUCCACAAGGUUGGCACCCUGACACCCCCCUCCUCCCCAAAGAUGCCCCCCGAGGCAGUCAGACGCAUCCUGAGUGACGUCACCCACAGUGCUGUGUUUGGGGUCCCAAUCAGCAAGUCAACCCAGCUACUGCAGGCGGCUGCAGCCGAGGCCAGCCUCAACAAGUCCAAGUCAGCAAGCACCACCCCCUCUGGCUCCCCCUGCUCCUCCCAGCAGAGUGUGUACCAGCCAGGGGAGGGCGGUGCCCAGACAGCCCCCUCUGUACCCACUGGCAGCUGGAACCCUUUUGGUGAUGACAACUUCUCCAAGCUCUCUGCAGAGGAGCUGCUCAACAAGGACUUUGCCAAGCUGGCCGAGACUACGACAGGGGAGAGGGCCAGCCUCUCCACAGAGAACCUCAUCUCAGGGCUGCAGCCUGUCUCUGCUGCUGGGGCCACAUGCACGGCUUUCCCAGCUGAGAGAACUGCUGACAUCCUGGGUUUGGAUGCAGGCUCAGCGAUGUUGAGUGUCCCGGACCCCUUUAACGCCCUCUCCCUCUCUGACACCACAGAGAAGCUGAUUGAGGGACUGAAGUCCCCUGAGACAUCUCUGCUGCUCCCUGACCUUUUACCCCUGGCUGACCCCUUCAGCAGCUCUGCAGAGGGGAACAGCAAUGCAGUGAAGGCUGAGAUGUGUGUGGACUCUUUCAUCCCGGGCCUGGAUACAGUCUCAGCCAGCCUGCCAGACUCUCUGGCUGGAGAGGACUCUCUGCUGGGCUGCUCUCUGCUGUCUCACACCUCCACCCCUGGGGAUCAAACUAUCUGUGCACCACCCUCCUCCUGCUCCUCUGCCCCUCCUGGCUCUGCUUCCUGUCUGGACAAGCUAGCUCCAGUCUCAUUUGGCACUGCCCAGACAUCUGCUGAAUCUGCUUACCUCAUGUUGGGCUUCCAGCCACCCGAGGCUGGGGAGAAGGGCACUGAGGACGAGUUUGACCCCAUCCCUGUGCUCAUUUCCAAACACUCCAACAACCAAGAGCUGAAAGGGGAGAGUAAAAGCCACGCUGUGCUAGACAAGGGGAGGUCAGAGAUUGAGCUGCCUGAAGAAGGCCACAGAGCAGACCAGGGCUGUGUCCACUCCAGCGAUGAGGAAUUUGAGGAGGAAGACAAGAGAAAGGAGGAGCAAUGCAGGAGGGCCAGUGAGAGUGAUGAGGUGGGCCAUGACUGCAGUGGUUCCAGACCUUUGCUGCUGGAUUCAGAUGAAGAGGAGCAGCACCGGUCUGAAUUACACCUCCCACCCUCCCAGCCACGCCUAUCACACCCACAACUCUCCACUCCCUCCCACCAACCUACCCCGGGCCCACAUGUCCCAUGCCAGAAUAAUUCCCAACAGAUGCCCCAGAAAGCCAGGGGGAGUGAGGGUGUCCGUGAUGUCUUCUCCAAAGCCCCCUUCAAGGUUGGACAGGAAGAGGCAGGCGACGUGUUCGCAAAUGCCCCGUUCCCACGUCCCCUUGUUGUGACUCAACAACAUCCAGAUGUCUUCCUGCAGGCCCCCUUUGUGAAGCCCAAGACCCUCCACCCUCACUCAGCUGUGCAUUACCCUGUGGCCUCUGAAACAGCCCUCUUGAGCCAAGUGGCCCCGCAGCCUUUCCGCCCACAGGCCCUGGCCAAGUACUCCCGACACUUUCAAGGCCCAUUGCCUCAGCAGCCUGUGACAGCUCAGAGGGUGUUGUCCAGCAUGAGCAGGCAGACUGCUGGGAGCUCAGUACCCGUGGGACCCUUACACUCCUGGACUUCAGAGGUGAGUGCAGUAGACCCCUUUGUCUCUGCACCCUUUCACCUCAAGGCCCCGCAAGAGAAGCCCUGAAAGCUCCCAUCCUUCCCUACAAAGCAGGGGAGCCAGCAUUGGAGGCCACACCUGUGCACACUACACUAAAGCAUACACACUGCAUGCUGUCACCAGCACCGGGGCUGGGCUGUAGGGUGGCAUAGAACUCUUAAGAUCUUAUCCUUUACCAACUCUGAAAGGUCUUGAAAUUGCGCACGGUCAUCAUUGCACUUUUUUGCUGCAUUAGAAUAGAGGUUCCAGUCAGUCUCAGUUAUCCCUGUGCUGGUAGCUGUCAUAUCCUUUGGUAUGCACAGAGGAUAUGGCAGUUGUUUUUCUGCCUACCUCAGUUUGUCCUCAGCUUUUCCAUUUGAGCGAAAACAUUGCUCAAUUUAGAGAGCUUCUUGACAGGGGCCUGUGUUGGAGGUUUAGAAUCAUGCAGGACACAGACACACACAUCCCCCGUUCUAGGGUUAACCGCUUAAUGAAAUGUAACCCUCUGCUCCUUCACUCAGUUCAUUAUCCAUUGCUCUGUAAGGUCCAAUAAGUAUUCCCAUGACAGCCCUGAUCUCUGAGUGAUGAUGUCACUACUCAUCCAGGGGUUAUUCUCUCACAGGGGCCCAAAAAAGGUCCAAGAAGGGAGGGGCCCAAGAUUGUUGUUUUGGAAGUUAUCUGAUGACCAUUUUAGCCCAUUUCGUGGUGUAUACUUUAUACGAGGUAGGUUAAUGUACAUCUGGUGGUGCUGUCAUAUUUUUAUCAUUUAUAAUAUUAAUCCGAUGCUGGAUUAUGUUGCACAUGUCAAACUACAAUGCAUUAUGAGUUGACAUUUGAGCCUUUAUUUUGAUCCAAUCCUUCUUUUCACUUGUGUUUAUGGUCACCUGACUCAGUGCUGCUAAAGUCAGCCUAAGGCAUCUGUCACUUACUGUACAUGCAGGGCAUAUAGUACAGAGCAUACCUUAUUGAGGCCAAAGGUCAGAGUUUCACCUUAAACCUGUCAUCACUUGUGGGUGCCUCUGCUGUAUGUAAUUUGGUGUUAGUUGACUUUCAUUUUGAACUGAGGUUGUUAAUGUUGUAGCAGAGACACCUUAUAGAAGUCCUCAAAUCUCACGACCAGCACUGUCGGCAAAGUCCCAGUCAGCACCUCCACUACACUCCGUCAGCAUCUAUUGUUAAUGCUAUGUAACUCUAUGCACUCACAUUCCACACCUGCUCAUUCAAUCAUUUUCUUAAAUAGCAAGCCUACAUUCUACCUGCACUCGAUUCAAUAAGAUUUGGAAACCUUUACAAUCAGCAACCAAUUCAACCUUUACAAAUCAGCACCCCCUGUCAGAACAUAUCAGAAUAACUAAAAUCCUUGUGAAGCACCUCAAGCAAAACACACAACUUUCACCUGUGGCAAGUCAGACACACACUUCCCUACACAUGCGCAAAAGACACAAUUCCAAGUAAAGGGUCAACACAUGGUUUCUUCAUAAACCCAUAAGCUUUCGCACUUCUACACCAGAUUUUGCAUUCCUUUUUUAUAGCCAUAUGAAAUGCUGAUAUGGUAUUCUGCUGACUAUUGUAGUCUUGAAGCACUUUUCAAUGUUUGCGAUCCAUUACAUGACUUAGAGAUGGUGUGGACCAAUAGACUUUCUCAGCUACUUGAUCCAAAGUAAGAAUCCCCGUCUUAAAAUGAGAAAUUAUUCUGAUUUGCUUUUUGUCAUUCGUGAUUACUCUUUGUAUAACAUGUUAAUUCAUCUGCCGUGCAAAUGAAGACUGAACACCAUCAGCAGCAAUGAUAAUGUACUCUACAAUUACAUGUGUUGAGGUGACACAGCUUUCUGAAGUUGUUGAAAUUGUUUUUGUGUGGGUCCUUUCCUGGAAAACUUAAAAGCAGCAUUUUUGUUUGAUUUGUCUGACUGUAAUAUGUUGUGUAGUAAAGUGUGGUGGCUGAUUCAACAGCAAGCUUCACCUGCUGAACCCUAAAGGCACCCAUAUCAAAAUACUUGAGUCAUGCAAAGCUUGCCAUUCAACACCAUAUCUUGUAUGUCCUUGCGUAAAGAUGAAGAUAAAUAAAUGUAUGCAAAACAAGUAAA